CUGCUGUAAAAAUACUGCAUACGUCGCUCUGGCUGCGAGAUUAGCAGCAGCGAAUCUUGAUAGAUAGACAAGCGUCAACAACUCGUUAAACUUUCGGAUAGACAACCUAGCACAGCAAACACAAGUCAAAGCGUUGAAUGAGCUGCGAGCUAAGAGAUUAUUGCUGUGGCUGCUACACAGUUAAGAUCGCAAAUUAUUUGGGCACAACAUGCCACUCGUGCUGCAAAUGGUGACGCGUGCGGUUGUACAGCUACAGCUAAUUGCUUGUGAAAAAAGCGCUGCAAAUUAAAAUAAAUACUAACUGUGUGUGUGUGAGUGUGUGUGCGCCGGAAGCGGCCAAUGUGCUAAGCCUACAACAAGCAAACAACAAGCAUAACCUAAAAUGUUGCAAAGUGAGCAGCAGCAGCUUAAAGUUGAAGCAGCUGUAGUGGAAGCUGCGCCGCUGCCCAAUGGCGAGCUACCAGAGGAAGCUACCAAAUUGCUGGACAAUGGCCAAGCGGCUGCACCAACGCGCAGCAGCAACAAAAGCAAAUUCAAGUGGUCGAAACAAAAAUCGGAGCAGGAACGUCUAAUGACUGCAGAGAUUAACAAGCUGCUGGACGACAGUCCGCUGGAGAAGAAUGUUACUUGCGGUUUUUGGUUGCUGCGCGGCGCUUUCUUUCAGCGCUUUGCCAAUCAAACUGCAUACGUGGUGCUUUAUGGCCUGGUCGGCUGCAUAUUCUCCAUGACCUAUGCCUACUUCAAUGGCACCAUUACCACCAUAGAGAAGCGCUUUAAAAUACCAUCCAAAAAUACGGGCAUUAUAUCGGUGGGCAAUGAUAUAAGUCAAACUUUGGUUUCAGCUGUGCUGGCGUAUUAUGCAGGCAAAGGACAUAGACCACGCUGGAUUGGCUUUGGACUGCUAACCAUUGUGAUGUUUUGUUUGAUGACUACGUCGCCGCAUUUUCUGUACGGUCCUGGCGAGGAUGCUUUGUCGCUAACUGCUGAAUUUGGCGCUAUACCUGUGGAGAAUGCCAGCUUGGAAGCCAUAGAGGAGCAGCGCGCUAAGAUUUUGUGUCGCCUGCAUGGCGGCGGUGCGGAGUGCGAGGAGGGUGAAGGCAACUUUGCACCACAAGUUUUGCUAUUUGUAGCGCAGUUCAUUUCAGGCAUAGGCGGCUCACUCUACUAUACGCUGGGCGUGUCCUAUAUGGAUGAUAAUACAAAGAAAUCCAAGACGCCAGCGCUGCUGAGUCUGUCCUACUUUCUGCGCAUGUUGGGUCCUGCCAUUGGCUAUGCGCUGGCGUCGUUUUGUUUGCGUUUGUAUAUAGCGCCGCAGCUGCAUCCUGUUAUCAACAACAAGGAUCCACGCUGGCUGGGCGCUUGGUGGUUGGGCUGGCUAGUGAUGGGCGGCCUGUUGGCAUUCUCUGGCGUUUUUCUGAGCAUGUUUCCCAAGGAGCUGCCGCGUGCUGCUGCGCGACGUCAAGUGGAGGAGAAGCGCAGACGUGAGCGUUUAGCGCUGCAACAAAAGGAGAGCAAUGAAAAGGAUAAGCUAAGUGUAGAACUGGAAGCACAAACGCCAGCUGAGCCGCAGGCUUCGUUUAAGGACAUGCUGCGCACUUUUAAGCGUCUGACUACCAACAAAACUUACAUGUGCAAUACGCUAUCGAAUAUAUUCUAUUUGAUUGGUUACACACCCUUUUGGAUAUUCACACCCAAGUAUAUAGAAGUGCAGUAUAGACAGUCGGCAGCUACCAGCAGCAUGGUAACAGGCACUGUAGCCCUGGCAUUCUCUGCCAUAGGCGUGCUGUUGUCCGGAUUUAUUAUAUCGCGCUAUAAACCGCGUGCGCGUUAUAUGGCUGCCUGGAAUGUUAUUAUAGCUGUGCUGGUGGUCGCUGGUGUGGUCACUUAUGCCUUCAUUGGCUGCCCGGACAAUGAGCAGUCGGUCAUUGUUAAUAUACACGACAAGGCGCUGCAUGAGGUGGCCACUUGCAACUCGGCCUGCGCCUGCGACUAUGUGCGCUACUCGCCAGUGUGUGGUGAAAACAAAAUGACCUACAUUAGCGCCUGCCACGCGGGCUGCAAAGGCGAGCACGUCAAUGCAGCAGGCAAAAGGAUAUUCUAUGACUGCUCCUGCAUACCUGCUGGCCAUAAUGAAAGCUAUGCCUUGGACUCCUUCAAGCGUCUUACAGCGCGUGACUUGGCUGACAGCGCAGUGCCCAGCACGCCCUAUUUGGAGGUUAGUCUACUUAGUCUUAGCUUUAACUUGUUGUUAAUGCUUUUUGCUUUGCAGCUACUCAGCAGCGGUCAGGCCAUGCCUGGCGCUUGUCCUGUCAACUGCUGGACACAGUUUGUUGCCUUUCUGUCCGUCAUGUGCUUUCUCAAGUUUGUUGGCGCCGCAGGCAGAGCUUCGAACUUUUUAGUUUCAGUGCGCUGCGUGCCUGAGCAGGAUAAAACUGCAGCCAUGGGCUUUGGCAUGAUGCUGUGCUCCAUGUUUGCCUUUAUACCGGGUCCCAUUUUCUUUGGCUGGAUCUUUGAUCGCAUGUGCUUGGUCUGGGGCAAAACCUGCACCAACAAAGGCAACUGCUGGCUCUACGAUCCCAAAUCCAUGCGUUAUACACUCAACUUUACUGCUGCUGUUUUUAUAUCUCUUGGCGCGCUGUUCGACUUUGGUGUCUGGUAUUAUGUCAAAGAUCUAAAAAUAUUCGAUGAGGAAAUCAAAGAGGUCGAAAUGCAAAUUGUGCAGCAUGAGGAAGAAGCUAACCCCGAAAAGACAACAGAAAUCUAAUUAUAAUGCUUAGCUUUAAUAUUAAAUAUUACAAGGUGCCUAUCAUUUACUUUAUACGCCUGCAUGUGUAUAUAUAACAAAAGUUUUUAUUUAACAAGUGUGAUGUCGUUGCAAUAAAAUAUAUAACUAUAUAUUAUUCGUUGUCUGACGCGUGUGAUAAAAAGCCAAACGUCAAGGCUCUCAGUUCACUAUUAGCAAGCACAUAUACUAAGCGUCCUUAGUUAGUUUCUAUAUAAGUACAGCCAUAUAUUUAACAUAAGCAUAUGUGUAUUUGUACAAUUUGCAAUAAAGUUUCAAGCA